AUGCCUCUCUCAGCCCCUCGUUCCCUCUCUCAGCCCCUCAUUCCCUCUCCCUCUUCCUCAGCCCCUCGUUCCCUCUCUCAGCCCCUCGUUCCCUCUCUCAGCCCCUCGUUCCCUCUCUCAGCCCCUCGUUCCCUCUCUCAGCCCCUCGUUCCCUAUCUCAGCCCCUCGUUCCCUAUCUCAGCCCCUCGUUCCCUCUCUCAGCCCCUCGUUCCCUAUCUCAGCCCCUCGUUCCCUCUCUCAGCCCCUCGUUCCCUCUCUCAGCCCCUCGUUCCCUCUCUCAGCCCCUCGUACCCUCUCUCAGCCCCUCGUUCCCUAUCUCAGCCCCUCGUUCCCUCUCUCAGCCCCUCGUUCCCUCUCUCGGCCCCUCGUUCCCUCUCUCAGCCCCUUGUUCCCUCUCUCAGCCCCUCGUUCCCUCUCUCAGCCCCUCUAUCCCUCUCUCAUCCAUCCUUCCCUAUCUCUGCCCCCCCUUUCCCCUCUUUCGGCCCCUCGUUCCCUCACUCUGCCCUCUUUCCCUCUCUUUUCCAUUCUUUCUCUCUCUUUGCCCUUCUUUCACAAACUUUGCCCGCUGUCCCCGGUAUCGGUUAUGGGGGUGUGGGGCAGGGGGGGAAGGGGGAGGGAAGGGGGCAGGCGGGCGAGCAAGGGACGGGUGAAGGGGGGGGGGGAGUAGUUAGGUGCAUCCAAUCGCACCCUCAUCUCCCCACUUUCUCUCUCACUGCCUCACUUUCCCCCCCUCUGCCCCUCUCUCCCAUACUCUAUGCCCCACCCUUCCUCUCUCUGACCCUCGUUCCCACUCUCUGCCACAUGAUCACCUCGCUCCGCCCCUCGUUCCCUUUCUCUGCCCCAAUUUGCCUCACUCUUACCCACUUGCCCUCUCUCUGCCCCAAUCUCCCUUUCUCUAUUCCCAAAUUUCCCCCUUCAUUCCUCUCCUGCCCUCCCUAUGCCCCGAGUUCACUUCUCUAUGCCCCGCAUUCACCUCUCUCUGACCCUCCUUCCCUCGUUAUGACCCUCCUUCACUCCGUCGCUAUCCCUCUCUCUACCGCGCAUUCCUUCUUGGCUUCGUCUCUUACCCUCCCUCUACCCUGCAUUCCUCCUUCGCGGACCCCAAAUUCCUUCUCUCUUCCCCACUGUCCCUUUCUCUGCCCCACUUUCCCUCUCUUUGCCCCACAUGCACCUUCCUCUGACACUCAUUCCCUCAUCACGCCCCACCCUCUCUCUCUGCCUCGAAUCUCUCUCUCUCUCUCUCUCUCUCUCUCUCUGCCCCUCCUGCAUGCUCUCCGCCCGGCAUUCCACCACGCUACCCCUCCAUCGCCCCGCCUUCUCUCACGCCCCGCCUUCUCUCACGCCCCGCCUUCUCUCACGCCCCGCCGUCUCUCACGCCCCGCCUUCUCUCACGCCCCGCCUUCUCUCACGCCCCGCCUUCUCUCACGCUCCGCCUUCUGUCACGCCCCGCCUUCUCUCACGCCCCGCCUUCUCUCACUCCGCCCCGAAGUCACUUCUAUUUGCCCAUCCUUCCAUCCAUCUGCCCCUCCUACCCUCUCUCUGCCCCAGCAUACCUCUCGCUGCCCCACUACCCCUCUCUCUGCCCCACUCUCCCCCUCUAUUUGCCCCUCAUUCCCUCUUCACGCCCUUCCUUCUCUCACUCUGCCCCGAAGUCACUACACUCUGCCCCUCCUGCCUUCUCUUUGCCCCGCAAGUACUUAUAUCUGCCCCUCCAUCCAUCCCUCUGCCCAUCUUUCCCUCUGGCUGCCCAUCUUUCCAUAUAUAUGCCCCGAAUUCCCUCUCUCUGCCCCUCUCCCGCUCUCUCUUGGUGCCAUAUUCCCUCUCGUUGCCCCUCUUUCCCUCUCUCUGCCUCUGGUUCCCCCUCGAUGCUCCUCUCUCUUGCCCUUAUGA